GCCGACAGAGCCAGUGCGUCGUGUUCGCUUCGCCGUCUCCGUCCGUUCGCGUUUUUACCUCCGUGUCGCCGCUACGCGUGUUUGGCCAUCGGAUAUUAUUAUUACACUGUCGCCGUGAUAUUUAUCCUCGUUUGGCCGUCGUGUCCGACCCGAAGUCGACCCGCCGUGAAUUGGAUUUGAAAAAAAAAAUUCGUUCCGUACAAUAAAUUGUCGACUGGUGUUCGCCGCGAGUACUCCCGAGACCUUAAAUUAUAUACUGCAAUAUAACAUUAGUCCGCUACUGCAGUUGUGCUGAACAACAGUGAGUCUCGUCUGCGGGUUGUAAGUCUUGCGUUGCGCCGGUAAAAAGGGAGAAAGAGCAAGAACAGUACUGUUCUCCCCCGUUUUCGUCGGGACGUGUGUGAUCGUCGUCGAGUGUGGUUGCGGUCGCCGGCGGUUGUCGUAACCAUCGUCAUUUAAAAUAUAGGUGUCGCAGCGACGUCCGCAAAUAGGUUUUAGAAAUAUAGAAAUUUUAGUGAUCUGAUCGCCGCCGGCUAAAGGAUUUAAUCCCGAAAACGAUCGCCGUCUUCCGGACAUGUCCUGCCGGACAACGUGAUCAUCGGCUUUCCGAGGGUGCUUCCGAGGCCGACACGCAACAUAUAUAUCUGUCGCCACCGCCACCACCACAAAACACCGUUGACACACAAGGUUUCCACGUUGAUGGACUAAUUAAAAUCCCGAUAGUCUGUGAUGACAGGUUGGUCAUCAGAUCGUAGUCUAUAAUGCAGAUUCCAUGUUGGAGUGCGGCUAUAUGCCACUGACGAGAAAAGUAUUAGCUCAAAUAUGGAUGCAUUGAUUUGGGUGUUGGUGGGCGCAGUGGUAUUUACGGAGUGUGUGACAUCCACUGCAGUGCCUGGCGUGGUGCGGUUUGCGGUCAUAGCUCCGUUGAAGGCAUCCAAGAACGAAGAGACGUUGGGUGCCAUUUUGCCAUCUGUUGACUUGGCGGCACAAGCAAUCGCUCAACCCAAAGGAUCGUUGCCAGGAUGGAAGAUAUUAAUCGAAAACAGGAAUGGAAACUGUUCAUCUACCGAAGGACCACUGGCAGCAUUUGAUUUACACACUAACAGUGAUCUGUUCCUGGGACCGGUGUGCGACUACGUGAUUGCGCCCGUGUCGCGGUACGCGGGCGUGUGGAAGAUACCGGUGCUGACGGCCGGCGCUCUGGCCGAGAACUUCGACAACCGGUACGAGUACCCGACGCUGACCAGGAUGAUGGGCUCGUACAAGCUGGUCGGCGAGGCCCUCCGGCACAUACUGCACGGGUUCGGCUGGAACGUGGCCGGUCUGUUGUACUACAACCACGGUCUCAACUCGCUGAUGGGCAACUCCAAGUGCUAUUUCACCCUGUCCGCCGUGUUCCUCGCCCUGGGACUGAAGCCCGUGUACAAGAGCUUCAACGACACCGACAGCAGGGACUCGUUCAAAGAGCUGCUCACCGAGUUGUCGCACAGCUCACGAAUUAUGGUGGUGUGUGCCAAUCCGUUAACGGUCAGGGAAAUACUGUUGGCCGCCGAAGAACUCAACAUGAUUGAUAGUGGAGAAUACGUGUUUUUCAACAUUGAGCUGUUCAGCAGCCUGAACAACGGAUCCUUAACGCCGUGGUACGUGGGCAACGACACAGCGGAGCGGAACGAGCGGGCAAAAAAGGCGUACAGCGCACUUCUAACGGUGACGGCACGUGAGCCCGACAACGAAGCAUAUCGCAACUUUUCCGUCGAGGUGAAACGCGUAGCCGAGGAAAAAUACAACUACACGUUUGGCAACGAGUCCGUGUCUACGUUCGUGACGGCUUUCUACGACGCGGUGUUGCUGUAUGGGCUGGCUCUCAACGAGACACUUGCCAGGGGCGGUAACCAGUCUGACGGGACGGCCAUCGUCAAGGCCAUGUGGAACAAGACGUUUACCGGCAUCACGGGCGACGUCAAUAUCGACGCGAACGGCGACCGGAUCGCCGACUAUUCGCUGCUCGACAUGGACCCCAAUACCCACGAAUUCAAGAUAGUGGCGAACUAUAUCGGAAAAAAUCAAUCGUUAGAAUACGUGUCGGGCAUGAGCAUUCACUGGGCCGGUGGCAGAACGAACCCACCGCCGGAUAUACCGGAUUGUGGAUUUGACAAUUCCCUCUGCAAAACAAUGCCUGGUUAUGCGAUACUCAGUAUAGUCCUCAGUUCAGUUGUAGUGAUUCUAGCAAUAGCUUCAGCUCUAAUAUACAGACAUUAUAAGCUUGAAGCUGAAAUUGCAUCUAUGACGUGGAAAGUCAAUUACAACGACAUCAUAAGAGUGCCGCAGGAAAAAUGGAGAACGAGCAUGGCAAGUCUCAUUAGAAGAAACAGCCAAAGGACCGUCAUAUCAGAUGACCUCAUGAGCCUCAUGAGCCAAUGUGACUACGGGCGUCAAAUAUUCAUUCAAACGGCAUUUUACAAAGGUAAUAAAGUAGCACUAAAAACGUUAAAGAGAUCGCGCUUGGAGUUGACGCGUCCCCGGCUACUGGAAUUGAAAAGGUUGAAAGAUUUGCAUCAUGACCAUUUAGUGCGAUUUUAUGGAGCGUGUAUAGAGCCCAAUUACUGUUGUCUACUGACCGAGUAUUGUCCAAAAGGAAGUUUACAGGACAUUCUCGAAAACGACCAGUUUAAACUGGAUUGGAUGUUCCGGUACAGUCUGAUGCAUGACAUUGUCAAGGGAAUGUGCUAUUUACAUAGUAGCGAACUCCGAUCUCACGGGGGUCUCAAGUCUAGCAACUGCGUGGUUGAUAGUAGAUUUGUUCUAAAAAUUGCUGACUUCGGUCUCAGAAGUCUACGAAACAACCAUACAAAUGAAUCGAAUAGCGACAGUGAUUCUUAUGCUUACUGGAAAGGAUUCUUGUGGACCGCCCCGGAAUUGUUGCGGAUCAGACAUCCACCUCCGGAAGGCACGCCGAAAGCAGACGUCUAUUCGUUCGCUGUGAUCGUCCACGAGAUCGUCACCAGACAAGGUCCAUUUUACCUCGGAAACGUCGAAUCGCUGUCGCCUAAAGAAAUCGUGGACAGCGUGAAGAGCAAGGAAAAAUGUCUAAGGCCAAGUGUAGCGGAUUUGAGCUGUGACGAGGAGGUGGGUGUGUUAAUGAAACGAUGCUGGACCGAAGACCCGGCCGACCGACCUGAUUUCACCACACUCAAAGCAGUCAUACGGAAAUUAAACAAGGACUACGAAAGCAACAAUAUUCUUGACAACUUGUUAUCUCGUAUGGAGCAGUAUGCCAACAAUCUAGAAGCAUUGGUCGAAGAAAGAACUGCAGACUAUUUGGAAGAAAAAAGAAAAUGCGAAGAACUACUAUAUCAAUUACUCCCCAAGUCCGUUGCUAGUCAGCUGAUUUUGGGACAAUCUGUGGUAGCUGAAACUUAUGACAACGUGACAAUUUACUUCAGUGACAUCGUGGGUUUCACAUCUCUGAGUGCCGAGAGCACACCACUUCAAGUGGUAGAUCUACUCAACGAUCUUUACACGUGUUUCGAUUCAAUAAUAGAGAAUUUCGACGUGUACAAGGUAGAGACCAUCGGUGACGCUUACAUGGUUGUGUCCGGACUUCCUGUUCGCAAUGGCAACUUACACGCCCGCGAAAUAGCCCGAAUGUCACUCGCUCUGCGAUCAGCCGUUCACAGUUUCACCAUCAAACACAGACCAGACGAUCAACUCAAGUUGCGUAUCGGCAUGCACACCGGACCUUGUGUAACCGGAGUGGUUGGACUUAAAAUGCCAAGAUACUGUUUAUUUGGAGACACGGUCAACACAGCCUCGAGAAUGGAAUCCAACGGACAAGCGUUGAAAAUCCACGUGAGCCCGCAAACAAAAGAAGUGCUCGACACGUUUGGCACGUUCGACUUGGAACUCAGAGGCGAAAUCGAGAUGAAGGGAAAAGGAAAAGUAACGACGUACUGGCUGUUGGGCGAGAAAACUCCAACCACCGAAAUGGCACCUGUGCUGCCUGUGAAACCGAUCGGGUCGUUUUCGAAAAUGCACGCCGCCAACAGCGUCGGGUCAUCGUCCACCAAGUCCGUGGCCAACAGCAUAGCCAACCACAACAAUAUCAGCGCGUCCACGCCGCUCUUGCAAGGCGACAACGGCUAAAAAUAUUCGUCCGAUUUAGUAUUAUUUUUUUCAAAAUUUUUUUUUUUAUAUACAUACAUAUAAAUAAUUAUAUUAUUAUUAUUAUAGUCAC